AGGCAAUGACCAUGGCCUGCAGAGGGGAAUGCUCAAGCAUUGGGCUCUUUAAUGAGUAGAGAAUGUUCUUUCUCCAUCUGGCUAAAGAAACACAAAUGCCACUACUGCUGUCUAAAAAGUUGAUGAUGUGCACAAGGAGAGUUAGCACCUCAUUGCUGCCCAUCAGGCAUGCCUGGUAAAGCACACAAAUAAUGAAGGCCAAGGAAAGAGGCUUUCAGGGCAUCUUUGGUUGCAUGGAGGUUGCCCCUUUGCCUGCUCUUCUCCAGCCCUGCUGAAGACUCCUGCACGUUGCAUCUGCUGGCAGCAGUCUGAGGGGAACAUCAGUCAGAUGAAGUGAACCUGCUGGACAAAGUGACUUCCCAUGCCCAGGACCUCAGCAACGUUUCCUUCAGCUACGACGAGGCCAACUGCAGCACAUUGCAGAUCGGGCAGUACUCCACCCUCAGCAUUCCUACCCAGGAGGUGUUUGGGGACAGGUUUGCAGAUGAGCUGAGUGUGCUGAUGAAGCUCAGGUACUCCCUGCAGGAGGACACCAGCCUGGUGACCAUCCUGAGCCACCGGAGCCACGUGCUCUUCCAGAUCCGGGUUAGCCCACAUGGCUUGGUCUUUGUCACCACGAGGAAGAGGCACUAUGAGUUCCCUGUUUCCCUGCUCAGUGAUGGGCGCUGGCACCGAAUUGCUCUCAGCAUCUCCCAGGAGAGCCUGGAGCUGCACGUGGACUGUCGGCUGGUGGAGAGAGCCAGCUGGCCUGGCUACCUGGGGAUGGGUGUGGGCACCGAGGGGCUGCUCGUCAUCGGAGGUCUGGUGGAGUCCUUUGAGAUCCCCUUUGAGGGUGCUCUGCAGCAGCUGACCUUUGUGAUGGGGGAUGCAGCAGCAGCCGGUGAGCACUGCCGCAGCCACACCGUGACAUGUGUGCGCUCCUCUGGCCUCAGUCCUCCUCCGAGGGACCACUCUGCAGCAUGGCCAGAGGAUUCCAAACUCUCCCAUUCAGAUUUGACCUUGGGCCCACCUUGGACAUGGGAGGAUGCCCAGGAGACCCUUAGCCUGCAGCCGGAUGGGAGCACCCGGACUUUGUUCUCUGCUGCCGAGGUCCCAACAGCUGAAGAGCAGGAGGAAGAAGAGGGAAGCCUUUCUAUUGAGGAUGAAGGCUUUGAGCUGUUGAACUCCACCUAUAAUAAAGUCACUGACCCUGGCAAGCCAGGGAUCAGCAGGAGCAGACCACGGAUCAUUGGCAUCCUCGGGCCAUCAGCCAAGAAGGAGCAAGCCUCUGACCAGGAGAACAUCACCACGGAGAAGCUGAAGGGCAAUGCAAACACCCACCUUCACCUCCCACCCAUCAAACCUGGCGGUGCCACCAAGCCCAUUGCCUCCUCCAAAGUGUCCCCAGCGAGACACCAGGCAGCUGCACCCAAGGGUUCCUCAGGGAUGGCUGCAGGGGAUCCAGAGCAUCCUCCCACCCCCCUGAGAAACCCCAUCUUGCCAUCAGUGCAUGGAUAUUGGGCUCGUGUGAAGCCAGGACCCCCAGGGCUGCCGGGACCCCCAGGGCUGCCUGGAUGCCCUGGGAGACGUGGACUGGUGGGCCCCAAGGGAGACAAAGGUCACGCCGGAGCCAUGGGGCGGAUGGGACCCCCAGGAGACCCAGGCCCUAUGGGCAUCCCCGGCGUCCCCACCGUUGUCCUCUGGAGGAACUCCCGCGAGGAUUGGCUGAGCUUCACGCAAUCAUCCUUUUACCAGCUGCUGCACGCUGGCUGGCCGAGAAAACCCGGAGCCCCCGGCCCCCCAGGGCACCCAGGGAAAGCAGGAGUGCCGGGGCUGUGUGGGGAGCCGGGAGAGCCGGGGGAGAAGGGCCAGCGGGGGUACACGGGCAAACCGGGGCUGCAGGGCUGGCCGGGUCGUGCAGGACAGCCUGGCUUGGAUGGGUCCCCUGGCUUAGGGGGCAAACCUGGGCUGUGUGGGCUGCCUGGUGAGCAGGGGCUGCAGGGCUUCCGUGGGGACCGGGGGCUGGCUGGUGAGAAGGGAGAAGAGGGCUUCUUGGGUGACCCUGGACCUGCUGGGGAGAAAGGCGAGAAGGGAAUGAAGGGGGUGAAAGGGGAGAGCGGCCUGCCUGGUCCUGCUGGGGCUCACGGGAUGGCAGGUCUGAAGGGUGCAAUGGGCUUCCAGGGCCCUGCAGGGCCGGAGGGAGAAGGUGGUUCAGUGGGUGCCUCAGGCCCUGCUGGCCCUAUGGGACAGCCAGGCCAGCCAGGCUCUGUUGGGUGCCAAGGAGUCAACGGCUCUCAGGGAGAGAUGGGUCCUCCCGGCUUGCCUGGGCCCCACGGACCCAAGGGACCACAGGGCUUGCAGGGGCGGCGUGGCCCCCCCGGCCUCGGGGGUAUGCAGGGUCCGGCUGGGAUGGAGGGGUCCUCCGGUCCCAAAGGAGACGCUGGCACAGAGGGGGUCCCUGGAAUGAGGGGACAACCAGGACAGGAGGGACCUGUGGGGUUUAUUGGCCUGCCAGGUUCCAAAGGCGUCCAAGGAGAGCGGGGCUGCCGGGGUCCCAGCGGAGCCAAGGGAGAGCUGGGAGCCAAAGGAGACAAGGGUCUGCAUGGAGCACCAGGAGCUGUGGGUCCCCCAGGGCUGCGGGGCCAGAUGGGCUCACUGGGCUUCCCCGGACCCCGCGGGGCAGCAGGACCCCGGGGACCUGAGGGAGAGGAAGGGCAGAUGGGUCCAAUGGGACUGAACAGCAGCGAAGGACCGAAGGGAGGCCGAGGACCCGAUGGCCCAAAGGGGAUGCCAGGACCGCGGGGCGCCAGGGGCCGUGGGGGCCAGCGUGGGCUGGUUGGAGCCCCAGGAGCACCUGGCUCAAGAGGCAUCCCUGGAGCAGAAGGCACAGAAGGAAAGCCUGGUAUACAGGGUCCCCCAGGGGCUGUGGGCAGCCCAGGCAGGAUGGGAGCACCGGGUUUUGUCGGUGUGCAGGGGGGCAGAGGGCACACAGGACCUCCUGGACCCACAGGGCCCCAAGGAAAACCUGGAGCUGAUGGAGACCUGGGUUGCAUGGGUCCAAAGGGUCUGCCUGGGAAACCUGGCUUGGAGGGACCGCAGGGGCCGGUCGGCAUGUAUGGCUACCCAGGACUGGCUGGCGACCGUGGGAAGCCAGGACACAGGGGAGAAAAGGGAGAAGCUGGAGCCCGAGGCCCACCAGGAUUCCCUGGAAAAGCUGGUCCCAAGGCCCCACCAGGCCGCCCUGGUCCACGAGGUGCUCCUGGCUCCCAGGGGAGAGCAGGAGAGCCGGGUCCUCGGGGGCUUCCAGGGCUGCCGGGAGCUCCUGGUGUGCGGGGGCUGCAUGGCAUGCCUGGGAAGCCCGGCUUAGCGGGGGAAAUAGGAGCACCUGGAGCAGCAGGGGCUGCUGGCCCUCCUGGGUACCCGGGCCGAGAAGGUCCAAGGGGACCUGAGGGGCCUUCGGGGAUGCGAGGCGAGCAGGGUGUCCUGGGGGAUCCCGGGGAAGCUGGCGUCAGUGGGCUGGAUGGUGAGCAGGGACCUCCAGGACCUGUGGGAGCUGAGGGGCGGCCGGGGCUCAAAGGCCAGCAGGGCGAUGCAGGACCUCGUGGAGCUCCGGGUGUCAGCGGUGCUUGCGGGGAGCGAGGGGACCGUGGGCCAGCAGGGCUGCCAGGGGGGCCUGGGCAGCAGGGGAAGGAGGGGGAUGUUGGUGAUGCUGGAGAGCUGGGUGAGCCGGGACCGCGGGGACGAAAGCAGGGAGAUGCUGGCCCCCAGGGCCCUCCUGGAGUGCCGGGACUGGGAGCUGCACCGGGGGAGGCUGGAGAGAAAGGCCGCAAAGGAGAGAAGGGCCAGGAGGGGCUGCUGGGCCAGCUUGGUGUCAGUGGUGCUGCAGGACCCGCCGGAGCCCGGGGACGCUCUGGUGGGACAGGUCUGCGAGGCCCUCCCGGGCUCCGUGGUCUUGAAGGAGUGAAGGGUGAUGCAGGACCCUGCGGCAGGGAUGGAGCUGCCGGAGCAGCUGGGCUGGAGGGACCCGCAGGAGAGGAUGGAGCAAAGGGAGACCCCGGCCAUCCUGGCCCUGUGGGCUCAGUGGGUGCACGUGGGCGGCCGGGCGGCCCUGGCUUCAAGGGCUACAUUGGGCACCGAGGAGCUGGGGGAGCAGCGGGCACACGGGGGCAGCCGGGCCGACAGGGUCCUCUUGGGCCGCCAGGCAAUGCUGGAGUCCCGGGCUCUGGUGGCAUUGAGGGCGUUGUGGGUGCCAAAGGGGAGCCAGGCACAGUGGGAGAACCAGGGCACACGGGCUCUCCAGGACCAGCCGGUCCCCCAGGGCAGAAAGGUCACAAAGGAGAAAAGGGUGAUGUGGGGCAGGAAGGGCCAGAAGGAGCUCCUGGAGAAGCUGGCAGACGGGGCAAGCGAGGCAAGGUGGGGCACCGGGCCCCCAGGGGCCCCCGCGGACCCAAGGGCCAUCAAGGUGCCGAGGGGCUGGCAGGGCCCCAGGGCCUACAAGGACUAUAUGGCAUCCCUGGGCUGAAGGGCUUCAUAGGCGACCCUGGCCACAAAGGACCCAAGGGUGAGAAGGGCAGCAGGGGCCACCAAGGGCAGCAUGGGGACGAUGGCUUCAAGGGCAAGCAUGGACCCCAGGGCACUCCUGGGCGACCAGGGCCCAAGGGAGAGCAGGGUGACACUGGCCCCCCCGGCCCACGGGGACUGCCUGGGCUCCCUGGGAAGCCGGGCUUGCCAGGACAGAAGGGGCUGAAAGGUUUCCUGGGCCACCCGGGAGCCAGGGGCAAGCCAGGACCACCGGGGCUGGCUGGUCCUCCCGGUCCCAGCGGGCCAGCACUGAUGCUAUCUGAGGAGGAGCUAUGGCACCUGAUUUAUCCCGCCGACUGCCUGAACCGUACCACAGUGCUGGCUCUGCUGCACACCCUGAGCCGUGAGCUGAGAGCACUCGUUGAGCACCCCGAUGGCACCAAGGACAAACCCGCGGCCACCUGCAAGGAGCUGCUGCUGGCCCACCCCAACCUGCCCGAUGGGCAUUACUACAUCGACCCCAACCAGGGCAGCACCCGGGAUGCCCUCGUGGCCUUCUGCAACUUCACGGCAGGGGGUGAGACCUGCAUACCUCCCGUACACAACCAGGUCCCCAUCAAAGCCUGGCUGAGCUCCUACGCCUCCUCGGACACCUUUGAGUGGUUCAGCACUCUGCCCGGAGGCUUCAUGCUGGAGUACGUAGGGGCCAGCGUGGUGCAGCUGCGCUUCCUGCGCCUGCACAGCCAUAGGGCUGCCCAGAAGGUCUCCUAUUCCUGCCGCCCCGCUGCCCACCACCACCGCCAGCCUCAGAAGGAAAUCCGCUUCCUGGCUGACACCCGGGAGCAGAGCUACGUGGCCACACUGCAGGGCUGCCUGCUGGAUAACGACUCCUCCAUCGCUGACACCAUCUUCCACUUCGCCACGGAGGAGCUGGCCCUGCUGCCCCUACGGGACCUGGCUGUGUUCCACGACGGCGAUGCCUCGCACCAGUUUGGGUUCACCAUCGGCCCCGUCUGCUUCAGCUGAGCGCUGGGGGUCAGGCGGGGUUGGCCCCGGGGUGGGGUGCUGUGUUUGUAGCUGCCUUAUGCCAUGGACUACACUUCUUUGUGAAGUAGAAGGACAUUGUUUACAAAGUCAUUUCUCUAUAAAUUAUAUAUAUAUAUAUAUGU